GAAGAACGUAACCAGAGGAAAGCAGCUCCAGUGGCGUCGCCGCGUCAGUUGAUCAGUAAACCGUGAAAAACCCCGUUAAACCACCGACAGUCCGCUUUACUUUUUAAAGCUUCUCCUGCACCGCUGAUAAUGCUGAGAAUGAAACUACCGACGAAAACGGGCGAGGAAGGGGAGGACGAGGCGCUCGAGGACGAUUCAUUGGAUCGGUCGGCGCACCAGCGGAUUCCCGGGGCGGCAUCUCCCUCCCCGGUGUCCUACGGACUGGAGAAGUCUCCGUCCCAGCUGGACAAGGAGACCGUCUUCGAGUGGUUCGGCCUACAUUUAAACCCGGCCAAGCGCGUUGAGUUCAUGUGCGGGCUCUUACAUAUGUGCCAACCCCUGGAGCUCCGCUUUUUGGGAUCUUAUCUGGAGGACCUGGCCAGGAAAGAUUAUCAUGUUUUACGGGACUUCGAGUUUCGUGCCAACAGCCCGGGCGACCUGGGCGUUUUGACGGACGUGGUUGACCCGGUGGUUCGCGCCAAACUCCUGGUCUGCCUGUCGCUCCUCGGGUCCGACAGCAGGGAAUGCGCUGGAAUACUCUUCGGGAUUCUGAGCCAUGUCGACCCGGCCCUGUUCUACAAACACUAUGACUACUCACUUCCGUUCCGGGGUCCCCACCAGCACCACCCGGUCCACCCGCCCUGUCAGGACGGGAGCGUGUACGGGCGCUCUGUGCAGACCCGCGGCUUCUCCGCGAACGAGACGGCGGCGGGACCCCUGGAGCAGUUGGCGCUGCUCUUCACCAUGGCCUCCCUGCACCCAGCUUUCUAUUUCCACCAGCGGGAGACCGUCCGCGGCCAGCUGGACAAAAUCGAGCUGGCUCUAGACGAGAGACGCCGGAGUCAGCUCCGGAUAAACGCCCAGACAACGGAGCUCACAGGUCAGAAAGUGGAUUUCCUGCCCCCCCAAGCACUUGGUUUGGGAGAGUGUACCGCUUCACAUCCUCCGUGUCAGAGCCGACGCUCCAGCCGCUGGGUGACACAAAGAGAAGCGGUCCAUAUAGAGGGGAUUGUGCUCAGGGGCAUCUCUCGGACCAGAAUAGACAAGGAAUACAACUUUGAGGUGAAGUGGUCAGACUCUUCUUCUACCAGUGUGACCAAAACCCACCUGGAACUGGAAAACUUCCUUCUUAAGCUUCCUAAGGAUCAGUGCACUGAGUCUUUUGAGAAGAGCAUCCUGAGGCUUCUGAACCAGGGGGACCAGUAUGAGAGCAGUGAGGUGGAGAAGAACCUCAGGGAAAAGUUCCUGUCUGCUCCUCAGGUCUUCAGACAAACCAGAAAGGUCUGCAGCUUCUUCAACUGUGACUCCACUUACUCUGCUAAACCCACUUCUUGCAGAUGCAACUGCCAGCUGGGCAAAGUCUACCAAGGAGACUGCUCCGAUGCCUCCAGUCAGGAAGAAGAUUUAGAGUCGUAUGUUCAGGGACACAAGAAAAAGCAUGGGACCAAGAGCCCAAGUCAAGGUCUCUCUAGUGCCAAAGCCUCUCAGGGAGACAGUUGGAGGGGGGGGCACACUGCAGAGGUAAAUGGUCCUGCUGAGAGGAGGAAGAAGAGCUGUGCACUGAGGAUCAGUCAGGAGGCGGAGCAGGUGAAGCACCAGGACACUGAGAAGAGAAGCCACCCAGUCACUACAACCAAGAGCAGAGUCCUGCCCUCUGACAGGGACAAGGUGAAGGGGAAAGGAGCUGCCUUUGUGACCAAUGGUAGUUUGGUGCCAGCUCUGUUGCCUCAGAGGAAAGAUGGGGGUUCUGGUCCAGAUACGUUUGGCGAAACAUCAUCAGAAAGCUACAGCUCCCCAUCCAGCCCCCAACACAGAGGGCCAGAGAGCCUUGACAGUGAGGAUGACAACAACAAAGACACAGACAGCCACUCUGAUGACUCCAGUAAAGGUCCUUGUCCUGACAUGUUCUUCACACACCAGACCAUUCCAGCUGUGGUGGGGGACGUCUCCUCUGUCCAUUCUCUGUCUUCCAACAACCACCGGCCUUUGUGCACGGAGAGCAGCAUAGAGUUUCCCCCUUUCUCCUUCAUGCAUUCUCUGCCACCUCCCAGCCAAAGCAUCGCCCCUGAUGGGAAGUCCUCAUCUGGGACAAUGAUGAUGCAGAUGCCCUUAGUGCCUCCAGCGAUUCCAGGCCCAGGAAUUGUGGGAGAUCCAGAGAAGAGGGAUGUGCUCCCGACCUUUGGGAUUCCACUGAUUGGCGUCCGACCUCAAGGAAGUCUGUCUGUGCAGCCUUUUGUUCAGAGGUUCAAAACCGUUCUGGGUGGAGCUAAUGGAGCAUCAGGAAGUGGUUCUACUGUUGCCAUGCCACAGGCUUCACAUCAGGCCCCAAUCAGAGCCAUGAGUGUCAUGCCCCCUGGCCCCACGUCCUUCUCCUCUCCUCCUCAGCAGCCCUGCCAAGACCCGGCCAGUAUCAGCUCAGGUCUGGCUUCCUCUAUGCCACAUGUGGAGCCUUCACACGCCAAGCACCCUGGCUUAACUUUACCAUCUGGCCUGCCUUCUCCCUAUACCUUGCCCCCUAUCCCCUCAUCUGUGAUGCCUGCUGCAGGAGCACCUGCAGCCACUGGACUGGCUCCAUCUUCUGGACAUGUACAAGUUGCUGUUCCCCCAGCUGUGCCCACCCACACCUCUGGACCUGCCCCCAUCCCCAGUCCAGCACCUACUCACAGCACAGCACACAGUGAAUGUACAUCCUACAGCAACAGUGGUUCUUCCUCUGGAAGUGCCUCCAUUGCCCCUGGCAUCCCUAUUACCCUUCAGCAAACCCAGCAGCAACAAGUGACUCCACAGCAGCUGACACCACCACAGCAGCAGCAGCAGCAGCAUCAUCAACAUCAACAACAACAGCAUCAACAACAACAGCAGCAGCAGCAGCAGCAGCAACAACAUCAACAACAUCAACAACAACAACAUCAACAGCAGCAACAUCAUCAACAACAACAACAUCAACAACAACAACAGCAGCAGCAACCGAUGGGCUGUGGUACGUGUGGUUGUCAUAACAACUGUGGUGGGCGAAGCAGCAACAGCAGCAGUGUCAGCGCCCCCCCCAGCUGCCAGGCCCCAUUAUUCUUCCCCUCCCACCAAAUGGCAGCAGCAGCCGCUCGUCAGGUGUUCAGCGUUCCUCCACCUCUCUUCCAGCUAACAAGCCUGUGCAGUAACAGCUACCUCACCCAGGGCCAGCCUCCUCACCAGGCCAACGGUGCUGCCACCCUGUCGCCCUUCUUCACCACUGCGCCACCUCCUGCACACCCGUCCCCCUACGGCCCCCUGCACACUCACUCCCACAGCCACGCAGACGUGCCAUCACACAUGUUGGGCACCCAGGCCGCUGCGGUGGCGGUCGCCGCAGCCGCAACCUACAACCUCCAGCAGCAGAUGGCGCCGGCAUCUUUCUGCCAGCGGGUCUACCAGCACGUGUACCAGAAUCCUCUGGGGAUGCUGCCCGCUGCAACUCUGGGAGGAGGCGGAGUCAAUAAGAAGAGCGGGAAUGUGUCCUGUUUUAACUGUGGAGUCAGUGGCCACUACGCUCAGGACUGCAACCAGCCCUCCAUAGACUCCACACAGCAAGGUGGCCUCCGGUUAAAGUACGCUGCCGCCCACAUUUCAGAAGCAUUCGACAAUGCGGACUGAGGAAGAAGAGGAAAGACGAAGAGUUCCUCUGGUCUCGUUGCCACGGGGACAGUCUUCUGUUGUCCCCCCAGGCAGCGUGUGAGCGGUGCACUAAAGCAUCUGUGCACUUCAGGAAAACAGAAUCUCAACCUGCCAAGGGCUCGGUGGACAAAGUCUAAGUGCUCGUGCCUGAGAACAUCUAGUGUCUGUGGAGAUGACACACUGUCUCAUGCGCACCAUCAGUGACUCCCAGUCCCUUCCCUUUCAGUUUGUUUUAGAUAUUUUUGCACUGAGGGUUGGAAACGAUUAACUUAUUAAAUAACUAUAAGAUUGUUUUGUUUUUACAUAAAAGUGGAGAGUAGUCUCGACUGAAAAAUGGUUCUUUUACACUUCUUUCUAAAAACAAUGUAUUAAUGCAGUUUUUCCUCUUUAUUACUGGUUACCGGGGAUUUUAUGUCUGACAGAAGUGUAUAGUAGUUUUCAAAGAUUAAAAAACAAGAAUCAAAAAAGUAAUGUCAGCAAAAUGGAUUUUAUGUUCGUUCUAAUUUUCAAUUUUGCUCAUGUUUCCUGAAUGUACACCUUCUCAUUUAAGGAAUCAGAUUGUAUGAAAAUUCAUGGAUCUCAUGCAUUUCUGUUACUUGAUCUGUGUUUGAUUAGAAGGUAAACUUGCUGCUUUGUGUUUGUUCUGUUUUAUUUUUUUUAUUGUUUUACUUGGUGAAAUAGUGAAACAGGAACUUAAAUGCACUAAAACAGUUCUCACUGCAAACAUGUUGUUAGGAUUCAUUCAUUUUUAAGAUAAAAAUCCACAUGAAGUAGCAAACUUGUCAGAAAAUACGGCAUUGUGAGGGUUUGGGUAUAAUGUAGUAACACAGGUGUGAAACCUUUUUUCAACUGGUUAACACUUUAGAAGGAGAUGUGUGUUCUUAAUGAAGAAGUGGAGCCGCCACUGAAGAAGAAUAUCAAUCGACCCUGAAACAAGCCGAGGGAACUCAACGUCAUCAAUAACACUUGUAGAACUUAGUCCUUUGGUUAAAUUCAUGCUCUCCUGAAGAGUAAGUGGCUCUGAUUGGACACUCUUUACUGGAGACAACGACUACUUGGAGAACUCUAACCUCAGUUUGCUUCGUGUCCUAAGGCAAAAACCUGUUUUGACCCUUUUCGACUCCGAGGCAGUGUGAACAUCCUAUCAUCACAGCUUCCUCCCACGUCACUCAAACACCCUGACAUCUCUACAAGAUCCUUUUUUUUGCCUUAAAUUCAACCUUCAUUCAAACACUAACUACUCUGCUCCCUUUAAUUCACAUUGGCCGUGUCAGUCAACUGAAUGACAGCCGUGUACAUCCUCUCAUCUUGCUCGGGGCAAAGUUUUUCGACACGAUUAUUCAUGGCUGUAGGAAACUAGCUGUGCUUCCCAUUCAUAAGAACAAGACUAUAACUGUUUGCUUAAUUGUGGCCACUUGUGACUUAACAUGAUGUUAAAUAUACAGCAGAGUAAAGAGUCAUGAAGUCAGUGAGCUGACCCUGUAAUUACACAGUUUUCUAACUCGAGCAGGAAAUAUGCUGCAGGUCGUAAUAUAAACCGACGCUGUAGCAGAAGGUUCAGUCCCUGUGUAAAAGUGAAUUUUAUUUCCUCUUAAUUUUUUUUUUUUUUUAACCAAUGGAUGAAGAAAGGGCUAUUUCGUUUUUUCACAUGUACUUGUUUUAGCCCCACCUACUAAAUGGGAGAAGUCAUUGUGUGGUCUUGGUGGCCAAUGCUGAGUGAGACACCACCAUGAUGAUCUAUCUGUAGAGAGUCCAAACGGACUGUGUGAUGGCUAAUGACAUUAAAAGAAGAGUUAGGUGGUGCUGGGUGCAGCCUCUUAUGCUCUCCACAGAGGAUUUACAGCAUCCAGCUUUUAGUUUAUUAAUGUUUUUUAUUGUGAGCAAAUAUUUCAGCCGUUGCCUUCCAGAUGGAGCAGUGGGCACUUUGGUUUCAGGUUUGACUUGUAUAGCUUGAUCCUCGCUGAAUUAUCAUUGUUUCUUGCCCUUAACCUACGAAUGCUAAGUGGGUGUAUUAUUAUUAUUAUUAUUGGACGGUUUUAUUUCUAUGUCGGAUCGCGUCUGGAAGAUGUAAUAUUGCCUUGUUGGUUCUAAGUCCAUGUUGUGCUGCACACUGAAGAAGGAGAUAUCCAACUUUUUCUGCACUCUGUGAUUUCAUGAAAAGAUUUACGGUUUGAAUUGCUGAUCCAGUAUUUGACUUGAGUUUCCUGAGGCGGCUCAGGGAUAGAAUGGGAGAACAUGGAGCCCUAAAAUAUGCAAUAGUGCAUAAAUAGAUAAAACGUUCAACAAUAUUUUGUGAAAUAAUUCAUUAAAACUACUCACUCAACUCUUGACCAUUUUUGGGCUCCUUUUUCAAAAGUCUACUUUAAUAUAACAGCUGCUGCCAGUUAGCGCAACAUUUAAUUUAUUCAACUAUUAAAUAUAUAUUUAUUUAACUAUUACACUCAUGAGAGACACUACUUUCUGUCUCAUUUGUGUAGCUCUUAGACGGUAAACAAACAGUGUGUGGUUAAAGAGGUUUAGUCUCUUGUGUGUUUAUUCACAUCAGUUGUUUCUGAAUUGCUCUGACACUGUUGUUUGCUUUAACCAACAGGAGCUAACUGGCUAAAUGUAGCAGCAGCAGCUAUGGAGCUUGCUAACUGAAGAGGUUCCCUGUGAAAAAGGGUAUUUCUAUAUGUUCAAUAAAACUCCUUUAUUAUAACAAUAAUUAGAUCAUAUUUGGCUAUUUUCAAAUGAUAAUCCAUUUAUUUAAUAUUGAGCACUUUAGGACUCCAUACUGUGUGAAAGUACUUAACAGUCUGAUUUCAAAAUAACUAAAGGAUGAUUUAAUAACAUCGAACAUAUGAUGGCCUUUAUUUUUUAAUUGAACAAUACAAAUUUUUCAUAAGGAGCCAUUUCUUAGGGAUGCGCUUAAAUUUUUUAGAAUAAAUACAGUUUCUGCAAAUCAAGUGUGUGUGUGUGUGCGUGAGAGAGAAACUCUCAGGCUGCUCAUUGGUUCUUUCAGGCCUUGUGGACGUGCUUGUCUCUGUUUUUUAUAACCAAUAACUCUCCAUCUACUGUCAGUGCACAAGGUGAAUCUGAAUCUAUGCAUACACAGUUGUUUGUCCUGAAUCCUAAAGCGGCUGCCAGAAGCUGCCGCUGGUUGAGACGGAGACAGUGAACGUAAAUCUGUAAAAGGAGGAACAGCCUGAAAGAUCAAACUGACUCCAGUUUGACUCUGAAGAUUAUUUAUGCCCCAAACUGUCCCACAAAGUUCUUACUCUCAUUCAACCGCUGAUUUCCAAUCAUUUGUGCAUUGAAGUGGAUCAGGUGACCAUGCUUAUCAGAUCACCAUCAGAUGGGGACCAGUCAAACUGUUGAAGAAGAAGAGUGAAGUCCAGUGUGUAUAUACUGAGGACUCUCCACACAACCUAUGUGUACUUUUGUUUGACCUGGAUAGUUUGAAAUAAAAAACAAAACAAAUGCUGUACUGUACAUUUGCAAGGGAUCAGUCUGCUCCCACCCUCGCCUAAAAUGUUUACUCUUUGAUAUCUAUGUACUGGAAAGGUCAAAUAUAUUUCUAGAGCAGAAUUUGGAUUUUAUGCAAACUGUUGAUCUGUUUUUUGUCCGGUAAUUAAAAGCAAUAAAUACAAAAAUGAAGCAAGA